AUGGGAGAAGAACAAGAUCCACGGAAGAUGAAAAAGAUAGCGGCAACGGCCUAUGACUACGAAAACGACCCUAAAUGGGCCGAUUAUUGGUCGAAUAUUCUCAUCCCUCCUCACAUGGCUUGUCGCUCCGAUGUUAUCACCCACUACAAACGUAAAUUCUACCAGCGUUACAUUGACCCUGAUUUUGUAGUGGAGCCGAUGACAAUCCAAAAUACUUCUCAGCCUACAAGAUCAUCACCUCCACAAUCAUCAUCAUCUACAAGAGAAUGCAGACCAUCUCAGAACUCAGGAUCAACUACACAAGCAACACGAGCAUCGACUAUGAAUUCAACUCCAUUGCGUUGGGAUAGACAAACAAUACAGUUUUCUGUCAAUGCUUGGGUGAUUGCAGUGGUUGUGCUUGCUAUGUUCCCGUUCAUACCUGCAAGUCUUUCUAAUAGGGCAUAUCGCCUCUCAUUUAUGGGCACUCUAUGUUCUUCUUUGUAUUCCCUCUACUGUCUAUAUGGGAAACCAAGGGCAUGGAAUUUGCAGGCAGUCCAAGUGUGGCUUCAGUCAGUAAUUGCAACCAAAGAUUUUAUCUACUUCAUUUACUGCCUCACAUUUGUCUCCUCAAAUCUUCAACUUAAAUUUGCUUUGCUUCCCAUCUUAUGCCGUGCCUUAGAACAUUCUGCAAAAUUCCUCAGAUAUAAUUUCAGUCAAGCACCCUUGUACAGGAAGUACUUGGAAGAUGUUUGUGUUUGGGCAGAAUCAAACACCACAACACUUAGCAUAUUGUCUUCACAAGCUGAGAUUGGAAUCGGAUUCCUUUUGAUUAUCUCUCUUUUAUCGUGGCAGCGUAACAUUAUACAAACUUUUAUGUAUUGGCAGUUGUUGAAGCUGAUGUAUCAUGCACCUGUGACUGCUGGUUACCAUCAAAGUGUGUGGACUAAAGUUGGGAAGAUAGCCACUCCUCUUAUCCAUAAAUAUGCUCCAUUUUUAUACACUCCCUUAUCUACAAUACAAAAAUGGUGGUUUAGGCAAUGA